UCAGUUUUUUUUUUUUUUUUUUUUUGGUGUUAAAAAACCGCGGAGCGGAGGAUCUCCCCGAGUGACACUCAACAUGGAGCGCCAGUUCGAGGACAUAGACUCGACGGGACGGUGGCACAACCUCUACAUGGAAAUCCGUAACCUGUCACACGAAUGUUCGUACAAAGUGGCAAAAUAUCCAGAGAAUCGUAUUCGGAACAGAUACAGGGAUGUCAGUCCGUAUGAUCACAGUCGAGUAAAACUUAAGAAUUUGGAGAAUGACUACAUCAACGCAAGUUUGAUUGUUAUGGAGGAAGCCCAAAGAAAUUACAUUUUAACUCAGGGACCAUUGAGAAACACUUGUGGCCACUUCUGGUUGAUGGUUUGGGAGCAGAGAACAAAAGCAGUCAUCAUGUUGAACAGGGUGAUUGAGAAAGGAUCUGAAAAAUGUGCACAAUACUGGCCAACCCCCGAGGAGCGGGAAAUGUCCUUUAAGGACACGAAUUUUGUUGUGAAACUGCUGUCUGAGGAUGUUAAAUCCUACUACACGAUACGAGUGUUGGAGCUGCAAAAUACAGAUACCCAAGAGACUAGAGAAAUCUACCACUUUCAUUACACCACCUGGCCUGACUUUGGGGUUCCAGAGUCCCCAGCCUCCUUCCUCAACUUCCUGUUUAAAGUGCGUGAGUCGGGGUCCCUGGAGGUGCAGCACGGGCCAUCAGUGGUACACUGUAGUGCUGGGAUUGGCCGCUCGGGCACCUUCUCAUUGGUGGACACGUGUCUUGUCCUGAUGGACAAGAGAAAAGACCCAUCUUCAGUGGACAUUCAGAAAGUCCUGCUAGAGAUGAGGAAGUACCGCAUGGGCCUUAUUCAGACUCCUGAUCAGCUGCGUUUCUCCUACAUGGCCAUCAUCGAGGGUGCCAAGUAUAUUAUGGGUGAUAGGUCUGUAAAGAAUGAGUGGCAGGAGCUUGCCAAUGAGGGCCAGGAGCCUGUAUGGGAGUCAUCUGAACCACCCCCACCCCCGCCUCGUCCCACUGAUAAGCUCAAUGGUGACGGGUAUGAAUCAAAAGAGGCAGACUGGCCCAAGCAAGACCACGAGGAGAGCAUAGAGAGCUGCACACGCCAGAGGCAUCGGGAGGCCAGGAGGGCUGCAACAGCACAGAAGGUGCAGCAGAUGAAACAGAGACUGUACGACACAGAGCAGAAGAGACAGAGGUGGCUAUACUGGAGACCCAUCCUCUUGGGUGUGGGGGCAGGUGUUACAUUGGCCCUUGGACUCUAUAUUGGCUGGGGAAUGGCCUCCCAGUGAGCCCUGGGCCUUGCUGCUUCUUGUUGGUGUCUGGGGGGAGGGCGCACAUUUUCUUGGUGCUACGAUUCGGCCUCGUUCCAGGGGGACCCUAGUCAAGGUCAAUAGCCAUGCACCAGCUCACAUUAAACCUGUAGUGAAACGCAGGACCGUGGCUGACACAACUCAGGACACAUCUGAGGGCGUGCACAUUUUACCGCCAAAUGUAACAAAUGUUUGUACUGCACACUCUGGAAUGUUGUAUACCCAAGGGUCAGUGCAAACAAGGAAUAUUGCUCUUUUUUUGUGUUUUCCUUUUUUUUGUAGUUUUCAUCUGUUUAUCGUCAUUUAAACAGCAUCUUAGCACUGAGUUUCAUUGUUAAAAGUGCACUCCCUGAGGGUUGAAGGGAAGUUUUUUCAGUUAUGUUUGAAAUUGGAAAUGACAGAAGCUCAAUUUCCAAAAGGCAACUGAUUGAAUGGCAUUGUAAGAGAAGUUGGAUUGUCUGUCUUCCAUAGUUUGAAUGAGAUAAAAAAUGGACCAAAUGUAACCAAAAAUGACAAGAUGAGUUGUAUUUGGAAAAAGCGUAAUAUCCUUAGUAGAACUGUGUGAUUGUCACAGUGCUGACUUCUGUACUGAUCUUUACAUUGUUCUCUACGUUAUUUCCACUUCCAAACUCAUUACUUGUAUUUCAUUUAAGUCUCAAAGUUCAAUUGAUGUUUUUUUGGACCACUGUUUUUGGGGCCACUCCUAGCAAAAUUCAGCAUGAAACUGCCCCCCAUCUGAAGGCCAUAGCACCACCCACUGGUGGGACACAGGUGUAAUGUUACCAGCUAUCUGAUUUCACUGUGAUGUGUGAAACAGUGUUUCCCAUGUACAGAUGAGGUUAGUGUUAUCUUUUCAAAGAUCAAAAUAAAAAAACU